UCUCUCUCUGUCGCGUAUCGUAAUUCUGCGGCACGUGUUACGCAUUAGAAGGUGUUAACAAUUAAAUUUUCCUCCUUCGCCAAAUCCAAAUCGUGUUUCUUCCCCCAUUUCUCAUCUCUUCGUCAUCACGCUUCUUUCUCGCCGUUUUCGCUCGACGAGGAUCAUCGUGUAGUUUUUGCAAGUUUUGGAAGAAUAAGUUAAACCCCCGGCGUAUAUCGAGAAAAACAGAGAGAGAGAGAAGAAGAAGACGACGAAGAAGAACAAGAAGAAGAAGAAGAAGUGUGAGUUCUUCAGUUACAUCGAUAACACGAGGGACAAGGCGGAAAAACAGUGCGCGCCCAUGCGUGUAUCGACGGGAUCGCGAGUACGCGUUACGGUGAUCCAGUUACGCGCGUUCUACACGCGAAGAAGAGGGAAAGGGAGAGGAUUUCCUUGAGGAGAGAGAAAACGGUCCUCGGUCACGGUGUGAGUGAUGCUAUCUAGGGUACAUGCGCUACUAAAUCUCGUCUAACGUUUUCUUCGAGUCCGAUUGGUGUGUUCCCUGGGGAUCGUAUCUCCGCGCUUAUCUCAAGUGAUCGACGUAGCUCCGUCGUGGAUCUGAAGAGGAUCCCGUGAUCGGGAACGUAAGAAGAGCGCGAGAGGGAAAGUGCGCCACGUCAAUUUGAAAGAGAGCCGCGAGGAAGAGGAAUGAGAAGGUAGCGCGAGGAAGAUUUUUUUUUUGUUUCGUUACGCGAUAUCCACGUGUCUUCGAGAUCGUCUUUGGGUGAUCCAAGGGUGAUGUUUGUGAGGCGAGUGUGAAAAAUCGGAGGAAAUUAGGAUCCAUCGAUUGAACGAGGCUCGACAGUGGAACACAUGCGAUUGUCUCGUAUGUCGUCGUACAGUCGCUAAGCGAUUGUUCGUUCGUCCGUCAAGAGAUUCUUCCGAUCGAGACGUCAUAGAGACGUACGAUAAGAGAUCAGCGGAUUUGUGAAAAUUGAAGGAAACCUGGUCGGGAGGAAAGAGGCAAGCGAGAGAGAGAGAGAAAAAAAAAACAAAACGAGAGACAAGCGCAUCUGUCUCUACUCGGCGAGACACAUUUCGGCACGGCUGGAAGAAAUCGGCGGAAGUUGGAGGAAAGACGUUCGCCAACCCCCACCCACCCCCCUCCCCCUCUCCUUUCCUCGGCCAACGUCCGAUCCGUCAUCUUCGCCGUAUUAGAACGAUAGAAUCACGGGGCUUAGCAUCGACGACAAGGACGCCGGGCAAAGGAGGUCCAACACUUCACUUCUCGCUUGACGAUCAAGGUGAAUAGACACAACGAUGGUAGAUACACAACAUUUUUGUCUGCGAUGGAACAAUUACCAGAGCAGCAUAACCUCGGCGUUUGAAAAUCUCCGGGACGAUGAGGACUUCGUGGACGUGACGCUGGCCUGCGACGGCAAGAGCCUGAAAGCGCAUCGCGUCGUUCUCUCCGCCUGUAGCCCGUACUUCAGAGAAUUGCUCAAGAGCACACCGUGCAAACACCCAGUGAUAGUGCUCCAGGAUGUAGCGUUCAGCGACUUGCAUGCCUUAGUGGAGUUUAUAUAUCACGGCGAGGUGAACGUGCAUCAGCGUUCUCUCAGCAGUUUUCUGAAGACGGCGGAGGUCCUCAGGGUAUCGGGCCUCACGCAACAGACCGAACAAACCGACAGAGAUGAGCUGUCGCAUGUCCGCGCGUUGGCGGCCGGCGGCAAUCACCUGCCGUUCCACGAGAAGUCCGAGGAGACUUUCCCUCGCGGCGGCUCGCCUACGCCUGUGACCCCGACGCCGACCACCGUGCAGCAGCUACUGCGCCGUGCCCAGAUACGUCGGAACGAGAGACGCACCCCGGACCCGCACGACGAGUCGGCGAAGAGACCGCGGGUGCCGUCGCCGCCGCUCAACAACAACGACGCCACGCCCACGGACUUCUCGAUGGUCAAGAACAACCACCUGUCGACGAAGGUGGAGGGCAACGGGGUGCACGACGAGAACAGUCUCGUCGAGGAGAAUAUAAAGUGCGAGCCGUUGGAGCUGACCGGCGGUAACGGCGGCGGCAACGCCGGCAACGAGGACUCGUCGGACUCCGGCGCCGCGGCGUCGGACCGGCCGCCCGCGUCCGCUAGCAGCAACGAGCACGAGCCCGAACCGGAGCACACGUCCGCGCAGAACUUCCUGCCGGAGAGCAAGCUCUUCACGUCGACGCCCGGCAGCUUCAACUUCAGUAUGGCGGCGCUCACCACCGAUCAUACGCCGUUGUCAGUGAAAUUUCCAGGGUUGGGCCACGGCUUGCAGACGCCGGAUCUAGCGGGCACUUCGCAAGACCAGGAGGUCACCGAGGAGGACGGGGGCUGGCUGUCCGCUACCAACAUCGAAUACCAACGAAAAGUACAGGAAUCGAACCAAAAUACAAGCGCAAAUCGGUACGGCGAGACGAUGGUGCAAUCGCAGCCGCAAGAGCUGCCGAUAAUCGAUCUCUUAGACAACAUUAACGAUCAGAUGGAGAUCGUGCUGAAAUCGGAGCCUAUCUCGCCGAGGAUGGUCGAGCUUGAGUCCUGCCUACUGUCGAAUCACACGCUCGAGAGCCAUACGGAUCUUGAUUCGACGCACGAGUACCGUCACGAUCACCCUCGAGAUAAGCAGCAGCCACAAACGUCCGGAAGAUUUUCGAAUAGUGACGCGCCGUCGCGAUUCAACCUGCCACGGUUACGGUCGCAAAACGGCAUCGUGCAAUCGUUGCGCGCCUAUUACGAAUCCGAUCGUAAAUCCACGAAUCGCACUUACUGCAAUUUUUGCCAGAAAACCUUCUCGCGCGCUUGGUCCCUGCAGAGACACUUGGCUGACACGCAUUUCUACGUGCCGCAAUCUUUAUCCUGCGAUCAGUGCGGUAGAAGUUACAAGUCCAGGAACAGUCUGGUCAGUCAUAAGAGCCAGUAUCACGCUCGUAAGGACCGCAAAGAGCAGGAAGCGAAAUGCGAAGUCACGUAUUGACCGGUCAGCACCGAUCUAGGACGGACUUCGCCGUUCUAUCGUAAAACGCGAUGAAUAAAAGAACUAAGAAUACAAUCGUCGUGUACAGAGUGCACAUACGAUGCAAACCUUGGAGAUUUCUACGAAGAGAGAAGAGAGAGAGAGAGAGAGAGAGAGAGAGAGAGAGAGAGAUGUUGUAGUCUACCGGCUGUCAAUAGAAGACAUUGCCCGU